UUGAGGAAUAAAAUGGGAAUAUUAGAAGAUUCCAGGAACCAAGACCAGUGGACAAUGUGCGUAUAAUAUUGUCAUCUUCCUCAAUCGAUGACUCUAGAAUUAGUAAGGCUUGCAGCGUGCUCUCCAUUUUCUCUCCUUUCCUUCAAAGAUGUCGGAACCACCCUUUAGACCACGAGAGAAGCUUAUUGAGAAGCAAAAGUAUUACCAGAGUAUCCAUAAACACACAUACUUGAAAGGGCCAUAUGAUAAGAUUACAUCUGUUGCAAUACCACUUGCUUUGGCAGCAUCUUCAUUGUUUCUGAUUGGACGAGGGAUCUAUAAUAUGUCAAAUGGAAUAGGAAAGAAAGAAUGACUUGGCAAUUUCAGAUUGAGGAGGUGGGUAUUUUGCAGCACAAACCUUGCAAAAUAUCCUCAAUAUGUACCACUGGUUUUCUUUGUAUUUAUGUUUGGUGCCUUAAUAAAUUUGCUUAGUUACAGACUCUGGUUACCAAUGGAGGUGUAGAACUUAAAUGAAAAUGGUUCUUUGUUUGUUUGA